CGGCAGUCGAAGCAGGAAUUCGGGCGCAACAGCAAUGCAAAUCAUCUGCGUGACAGCCACUCCCUUUCCUUGCUUCACCGUCCGCGACACUCGCCUCUGCUCGUGAGACUUGACGCUUCGCUUGUCUUGAAGUGAUUACAUUCAUCAAAUACUGCCGCAUCCCCCACACAGGCAUCAUCGCUGAACUUCGUCGGCUUCGACCAUGGCCUCAGUGGCCGAACCCAGCUCGCCCACAGAUGGCCCUUCAGGUCCACCUCGAACUCCAGGACAGAGUGAAGCGCCGCUGCCUCCAGUUCCUGUCGAUAUCGGUCCAGGAGGCCAGCUUGACUCUGCGAGCAGGGCCCAAGUGCAGCGUGUUCUCUCUUCAGAUAUUGGUAUAACUACUUUGUUAAACCGGUUGAAACAAAGUAUAGCUUCUACAAGAGACUUUGCUGGCUUUCUCAAAGAGAGAUCCGUCCUCGAAGAGAAACACGCCAGUGGGCUGAAACGAUUGAGUCGAACUACACACGAUCUAAUACGAAGACCAGAAAGCCGGCAAGGCUCCUUCGCACAAAACUAUGAAGAACUCACUCGGGCGCACGAUCGAAUGGCCGAACAUGGCGUCCAAUUCUCGAAUACCCUCUUUUCUAUGGCGGAAGAGCUGUACGAGUUGGCAGCAAACUCAGAAAAAGGAAGGAAACACUGGAAACAGACCGGUCUCAAUGCGGAAAAACGUGUGCAGGAUGCCGAACAUGCUAUGGAAAAGGCAAAGAGCAAAUACAAUUCGUUGGCGGAGCAAUAUGACAGGGCCAGAACUGGAGAGAGACAGACUGGCAAGUUGGUCGGUUUCAAAAAGUCGGCAGCGCAACAAGAGGAAGACCUACAGCGCAAGCUUGAAGCAGCGGACGGCGAUUAUGCUCAUAAGGUCCAGGCUGCGCAGACUCAACAGAACGAGCUCGUGACCACGUUAAGGCCGCAAACAAUUUCUGCGUUACAAGACAUCAUCAGAGAGACGGAUGCCGGCCUGAGCGCGCAAAUGCAGAAAUUUGCCGCGCAGAGUGAGAAGUUACUCCUUGGCUAUGGACUUUCCAUCACGCCCAUGAAAGGACAAGCAGGAGGCUCAUCGCAAAGCCUGAGAGAGGUGGCAUCGAGCAUUGACAACGAAAGAGACUUUGUCGAAUAUGUCCUACAAUUCAGCAACAAAGCAGGGACGAGAGCGGAGAGCAUCAGAUACGAACCACAUCCAUCACUGUCACCGAAACAAGCUCAGCCUUCGUCUACACCAUUUAACAGUCAACCGGAUCCGUAUGGCAACUUCAACCCGGCAAAUCAUGGAAGGCAAAUGUCUGGUGUCACUCCUUAUCAGGGGGAUGAAUAUGAAGAAUACCCUUCGACCCAGGGACCAGGACCCAAAUAUGGAAGUCCCUGGCCCGGGCCACCGAAUCCGCAAAACAGCUAUGGCGCCAGACCACCUAGUCAGCCAGCAAAUCGAAUGUCUUCGGGAGCUCCUCAACUUCCUCAAAUCGAGUCUGCUGCCGGAGAUCAAUUCGGCGGCGACACUUCAGGUGGUGAUUUAGCUCCACUCCAUAAUCGAACGUCUUCUGGCCAGCUCAACGGCGGUCCAGGUCCGAAUGCCUCGAAUGCUCGUCCACCAGGACCACAGAAUCAACCAAGUGGCACAGGCCAACCGGGACCUCCCAACAUGGGCCCACGAGGAGUGCCAUCUGCUGCCGAAUCUGCGCCACCAAAUGCUCAAGGAGCUCGACCACCACGAGGAGCCUCACUUGGACCAACCGGUGACUUUACAGGCAAUGGUCGACCUGGUCCUGGUCCUGGUCCUGGCCCACAAAACACAGUACCCCGACCUCCAAACGCCGGGCCACCGUCUCAAAUGGGGCCUCAGAAUGGACCGAGACCUGGCGCUCCAGGACCACAACAGUCACAGAUGGGCCCCGGAAACUCUGGGCCGCGACCACCACAAAUGGGUAGAGGCCAAGGGCCACCCGGCGCAAAUCCAGCACUGCGACCGGCUGGUACCGGUCCUGGACCAGAACAAGAUAUGGCGCCGCCAGGAGCAGGUGGUGGAGGCGCUGGGGUUGGGCCUAUGCAGGGUCCUCCGAAUGGUGCUUCUCGCCAAGGACCCGGUACAGGACCUGGCCCUCAAAAUGCUCCGCCACGACCGGCACAAGGUCCUCCCAAUGGCGCUCCUCGAUCAUCACAUCCCGGUCCUGGAGGCAGCAUCAGCUCCCUUCCGUCGAGACAAAGCGGCCCGCGGCCUGGUCCCCCCGUGCGACCUGUCUUUGGAGUUUCGUUAGAUGAGCUGUUUCAAAGGGAUGGCUCGGCUGUGCCUAGUAUCGUUUAUGAAUGCGUCCAGGCAGUGGACUUGUACGGUCUUGACGUGGAGGGCAUUUACAGAACAUCAGGCUCAGCACACCAUAUCAUGGAGCUGAGGCAGCAAUUUGAUCAUGAUGCCAGCGCAGUUGACUUCCGCAGUCCAGCAAAUUUCUACAACGACAUUGCAUCCGUCACGACUCUUCUCAAGCACUUCCUUCGCGAUCUUCCCGACCCGUUGCUCACGGCCGCGCAGUACCAGGCCUUCAUCGAUGCGGCCAAGCUGGAGGAGGAUAUUGUCCGACGUGACUCAAUACAUGCGCUUGUCAACGCCCUGCCUGAUCCGAAUUAUGCCACACUGAGAACGCUUGUUCUGCAUCUGAAUCGUGUGGCUUCGCACAGCGACAAAAACAAGAUGACGCAGAGUAAUCUGGCCAUCGUGUUUGCUCCAACACUGAUGGGUCGGUCAGGUGGCAUGAACGGGCAGUCGCCUGGUGCUGGCGCCGAUAUUGCGGACGCCGGGUGGCAAGCGAAAGUUGUCGAGACGAUAUUGAACAACACUUUCCAGAUCUUUGACGAUGAUGAAUGAGAUAGUAAUUACUAAUAUUUGAUUCGACGUGUGUUGAGCUUCUGGUUGGCCGUUAAAGGGUCAGAUCGCAGCGCGGGUGACAAGGCAUUUAGCACGCAGUGCUCGGAGAGAUGAUGUUAGCAAGGUGCUGAGGCGUGCUGAAACAUACCACAGAGCUGGCCGUCUAAUUGCACACAUCUAUCAUGGCAUAUUUUCU